CGUGACCAUGAGCCUCAGCCAUCAGCAGUGUGUUUGCUGCUCGGAGAAUAACUUGACUUUAUGACCGACCGAUCAUCAGCAGCUGGUCGCUGUGAGUCUGGAUCUGUGAACACACAUGUGGAGCAGCUGGAAGUCGGGUUUUGGUGGAGCUGUGGUGCAUUUAAGAACAUUUUAGGAGAGAAAUAAGCGGGAAAAGGCCCCGAGCAGCGGCGGCCACCGCGGUGACCGGCUGAGGUUUGGAGGCUCCACAAACAGAAAGCCGAGAGCCUCCGAGCUCCGGACGACUUUAAUACGAAGAGAGCCGAGUCCGCUCCCGGCUCCUCCACUGUCCGCCUCCAGCUCCUCUCCCACGGUGCUUUGCGAGCCUUUUAUCCGCGAGGAGAAAACACAAGUGUCCCGGUGUUCACCCCGACCACAGGAGCCACGGCUGCACUGAGUCUCCACGGUUCUCAUGGUGUGUUCAAGUGCCGCCUCCUGCUCCGAGCUCCCAUCAGUCCGCUCCGAGUACACACGAAGCUCACAGGAAACAAUGGCAGAGGUCGCUCCCGCUCCCGCUCCAGCCGCCGCCCCGGCCAAAGCAGCCAAGAAGAAGGUUUCCAAGCCCAAGAAGGUCGGCCCCAGCCUGGGGGAGCUCAUCGUUAAUGCCGUGGCCGCAUCCAAGGAGCGGAGCGGCGUGUCCGCGGCCGCCCUCAAGAAGGCUCUGGCUGCCGGAGGCUACGACGUGGAGAAGAACAAGGCCCGCGUCAAGACCGCCAUCAAGAGCCUGGUGGCCAAGGGGACUCUGGUCCAGACCAAGGGAACCGGGGCCUCCGGCUCCUUCAAGAUGAACAAGAAGGCUGAACCCAAGGCCAAGAAGCCGGCGGCCAAGAAGGCCGCUCCCAAAGCCAAGAAGCCCGCCGCCAAGAAACCCGCCGCGGCCAAAAAGCCCAAGACCGCGGCCGCCAAGAAGCCGGCAGCUGCUGCUGCUAAAAAGUCCCCCAAGAAGGUCAAGAAACCUGCAGCAGCGGCUAAGAAAGCAGCCAAGAGCCCCAAGAAGGCCACCAAGAGCCCCAAGAAGCCCGCCAAGAAGGCCCCUGUACCCAAGAAAUCCCCCGCCAAGAAGGCCCCUGCGCCCAAAAAGGCCCCCGCCAAGAAGGCCGCCAAACCCAAAGUCAAGAAGGUCGCAGCCAAGAAGAAGUGAGCUGUCCUCCCUCCGACACAUGUUGAUCUUCAUCAAAGGCUCUUUUAAGAGCCACACACCUGUCCACAGAGAGCUGCUUCCUCCUCACUGUCAUCAUCAUCAUCAUCAUCAUCAUCAUCAUCAUCAUCAUCAUCAUCAUCAUCAUCAUCACAAUACACUGUCUGAUAACUACACCACCACCAACACCUUUACUGUGUGUACUUACUAUCACACUGUAAAAAGAACUUUAUUUUGAAAAUCACAGCAGUGUUCAUGAUGGUGAUGAUCCUCAUGUUUCAGACAUGUCCUGUCUGUCUCCCUCACCCUGAACACGCUCUCUGAAGCUAAGCAGGGUCUGGUUAGUACAUGACUGGGAGAGUGUGGGAAUAUCAGCUGCUGUGAGUCUUUUCACAAGAGGAAGCUGCUGCUCCACUACACUGUCACUGUCUCAUCACCAUGUUGAAACAACACUUUACCCUACAGCUCACAUAUUAACACCACAUCCACUAAACACAAUGGUGCUGUUUCUUUGGUCUGAGGCUGAGAUAACUGCGCUCCCUCAUUUCAAUAUAACACAUGGAAAUAUAAAGAGCUGGGAAAUAAAUGUGGUGUUAAGAAAAAAAUUAUUAUUGCACAAUAAAAG